AAAAGUGACCGGAAUUGAUUUUUAAAUUGACAAAAACAGCGUGUAUUGUGCCUAUUUUUAAUGUGUCUAGCGGCCGUACACGUUGGUCGAUGAACCGGUGAACGCACUUUGACGGCGACUAUCAAUCUGCCAGCGAGAGCGGUGUGUCAGUUGACUCCGGGGUGGCAUGGCGCACACCACCACUUCUGACUUGGGCAGUUCAACCGCCACCCUCGCAACAACCUCCGAACCCAAGCACAGGACCUUUUGGAGAAGGAGUGCUUUAAAGAAGCUUCAAGGAUGCCGAUGGAACAAGCUGUGGGCGCUGGCCCUGGGGGUGUUGCUGCUGGCCCUGAGCGGCCUGCUCACCGUCACCCUGGUCUACGCGCUCGCCAGACAAGUGCCCUUUGACUUUGGAAUCGUAUUUGACGCCGGCUCGACGCACACAGAGAUGCUCCUCUACACCUGGGAGAGCAAGGAGUGGUACGAGACGGGACGGGUGCGCCAAGUUGACUCGUGCUACCAAGAUGGUGGAAUCGGACAACUCUUCAUCGAAAACCCGUCCGGGGUGCAGGAAUACAUAAACACUUGUCUAUCGCGGGGUCUAACCUCAAUCCCUGCUGACAAGCAAGCGACCAGUCCUGUUUACUUGGCCGCCACAGCUGGAUUGCGUAUGCUGCAAAUAGACAAUGGAAUUGGGGUGAGCGAAAUCCUGAGCAACGUGUCUGAGGUUUUCGAUAAUUCCGGACUAAAGCACCGACCUGGCGACGUAAAAGUCAUCACCGGACAGCAGGAAGGUGUGUCCGCGUGGGUAGCCAUCAACUAUCUGUCCGAAACACUAGGAAAGCGAACGACAACUCUUGGUGCACUCGACCUUGGUGGCGCCUCCACCCAGAUUGCUUUGGAGAUCGGCACGGAGAACGUUGGUCGGGACAAAGUGACGCUUAGGUUGUACGGACAGGAGUACAACGUCACCGCCGACAGCUACCUUUGUCACGGCGUCGAGCAGCUCAUCCUCAGACACCAAGUUUCACUUUUAGAGGGCGUAGAACCGGCUGAAACCGUGACAGUGGAAAAUCCAUGUCGCGCUGGCGGUCAGACUUCAGAGACCUCGGUGUCCCAGUUGCAAAAUCAGUGCACGAAUACGGCUUUCCUACCAAAUUUCCAAAACGUGACCGUCCAAGGCACGGCGAACGCCGCCCUCUGCACCGAGCAGUUGCGAAAAGUUAUCAGCGCUGAAUACUGCAAGGCGACCUUCCUCAACGCCGGCAAUUGCAUCGAGGAGCUGCCGCCCACCAGACUGAAUGGAACCGAGUUUCUGGCAUUUUCGACUUUUUACUACAUCGCAUCUGGGUUCAAUGUGACAGACGGGACGGGCAGCGAAGAGUUCAUUGCCAAGGUCAAUGAUGUUUGUGCAUUCUCUGAAGAGACACUGAAUGCCACUUACUUCCCUGAAGUGGGAGACAAAUAUAAACAAGACAUGUGCUAUGAGGGUAUUUACAUGUACUUACUUUUCAACGAAGUGUAUUCGUUCACUCCAGAAGAAUGGGCCGGCACUAAAUACGUUGACAAGAUCAACGACACGUCCGUGGGCUGGGCAUUGGGCUUCAUGAUCGAAAACACGAACGUGAUCCCGAUGCAGCGGGCACGGCCGCUCCUUCCGGUCGGCUGGUUCGUCACGUUGUCCCUUCUGUUCAUCAUCUUGAUCGGAGUGUCCCUGUGGCUGGCCAUUAGCGCACUCAAAUACAACGGCAUCGGAUCGAACAUCAACCAGACGCAACCGCUGUACGGGGCGCUUGCCUGACGAAUACUUGCCUUGGAUUAGGCUACUCACGAAAAUUAAAGGUCCUAGGGAUAUGUGGAUAAAUAUCAAUCCUUUCCAAAAUUCCCCAUGCGAUAUUCUCCUUUAAAGCAACGAUUAAUAUACAUAUUUCUAUGUGAGCUGUAGUUGUAAUUCUGUUGUUUAGCAUAUCUGUUAAAAGAAAAAACUUUGCACGCAGUUUUUCAAUUGUAUUUCAUUUUCCACGAAAAAAGAGGUUAGCCAAAACAUCGUACCGGUACAAGUCAAGAGUAGAGUUUAAGAAAAAAAAAUGUUUAAAACGCAUGUUAAAUAUGAACACCCUUUCUCUCUGAGAAUUGUAAAUAAUUAUAAAAUAUUGAACUGAAUGUUACUUCUCACUGUGUAUAUAUAUUCAAUUGGAGUGUAGUUAAUCAAGUGCUUGAAUAAUUGAUAAUAAAUCGUCUCUGUCACAAAUGGGA